ACCAAUCAGAACGCCGCUUUCUUCAACGUUGUCACCAGCAAAUACCAUCCAGCUAGUUUAGCAUCAGGCUAACCAAGAAGCUACCCUAUAGACACAGGAACAUCUUUUCACUGUUUGGUUUGUGUAUUUUUGUUGAAUUUACUGAGCUCAUCGGUCGUUGAAAAGACUGAAUCGGCGGCCAAGUCGAAGGUAAACUGCCGUGUUUACUUCUCGUGUUUGCUGUAGCUAGUUAAGCGUCGCAGGAGGGGGCGCAAAUGACACUCGAUGUGUUGUUGAUGUUAAUGUGGUGAUUUAGUUGAGUUUAGCGCAUAUGUGGUGAUCAAGAGUCACUCCAAAAGCUUAAAGUUACCGUAUUACCUUCAUCAAGAGUCAUGUAAUCGGAUAUCUUGGUCGCUUGUUCUUUAUAAACCCGCUUGUGUUUCCCCGUUAGGGCGUUUUCUGAUUCAUUAUUCUGGUAGAUGCUCCAGCUGCAUCAAGUGUCGUGUAUCACAAAAGCAGGAUUGAUAUCGAUCAUAUGUAUUUUCGUUGCUGAUGUCUUGCAGAUGCCUCACCAUCCCUGUUGUUUACCAGUCUUUAAAUGUCCAUCUUAUUCAAAGCAGUGCUAACUUUUCCUCGAAACUUCCUCUUUUAGAUGCAGUUCAUGCUGCUGUUCAGCCGGCAGGGAAAGCUGCGGCUGCAGAAAUGGUAUGUGCCUCUGUCAGACAAGGAGAGGAAGAAGAUCUCCAGAGACCUGGUUCAGACUAUACUGGCCAGGAAGCCCAAGAUGUGCAGUUUCUUGGAGUGGAGGGACCUCAAGAUAGUGUACAAGAGGUAAAUAAAUAACACAGGCUCCAAAAGUAUGUGAAAUAAUCAUAUUAGGGGAGAGUGGGGUAAGUUGAGCCACCCUCUGUUGCUUGGAAAUGGUUAAAGAAAUUCUGUCUGUGAAGGUUAGAAGCACAUGGGUGAAGGGGUUAGACAUUUAUUUCCAAAAAUUCUCAUGUUCUCAUGUUUUUUUUACAAAAAAGCUUUUUAGCAGUUAUAUGCAAUAACAAUAAUAAAAAGAAUUAUUGUACCCGUUGAAUAGCGUAUAAUAGAUAAAAAUACACAUGAACAUGAAGAAGUGACUGUUAUUUAGGGAGAGAGAAGGUGAGGGAGGGCUGGGGUGGAGAGUAGGGGGGUAGUAGGGAUAUGGCUCAACUUAUCCCGCUCCUAUGGUCGACUUACCCCAUACACUAGUUAGAGACAAAACUAUGAUUGCCUUGAUGUAGUGAUCUGAAAUAUAAAAAACGGCUCAUCUUACCCCACUCUCCCCUACCUCUAUUUGUUUUCUCAAGGAGAUAUCCACAGAGUUACAAUGGCAUCUUCAUAUAUCUUUGUAAAACAUUGUCAAAAAUCCUUUUUUGUCUAAAUCAACUGAAUGAGGCUCUGGAUUUUUUCAUUUGGGACUUGUUUCAAAACUGACUUCCAUGACUUUGAAACUUAUUUACAUGGAGAGGAGUACAGUGAACUGUUGGAUGUAAAAUUGGUAGUUUGACAUAAUUUAAACUCCAGGUUCACUCCUAAGUCUGCAUCAGCAGAUAGUUGAUGCUGGUUUAGGUGUAGCUCUAUCACAUAAAAGUCGAGGGAUAAUGGGAGGGUGAAAAUGCACAGCUAGUUCCUAUUUUGAAGAGUGUAACAUGUGGCUGUAUGUCUGUGGAAACAAGGGUGAGAAAGGUUGAGUCUUUAAGUUGACUUUAAAGGUCCAAAGUUAAACAAUGUUUCACAAGAGUUUGAACCACCCUGCUUCAUUGCUUUGGCACUUGAUUUGUUAUGCCAGGCUUCAGAUGAUUUGGACUGAUUGACAUACUUGUUUGUUUGGUUACAUCACUGAUGUUGGCUUAUUAAUGUUGGUUAUGAAAACUAAUGAGUCACUGGUUACUUUGUCGAGAACUAAGAUUUCUGGCAGUUAGAUAUCACCUUCUGGUGUGUUAUGAAAGCCAGAAACACCACCUCUCUGUAAACAAACUCUCAAACAAUAGAGGACCGUGGUACAAAUGUGUAAGAUUUGCCUCUUUUUUCUCGAACAUAUGACUGCUGAGUCACACAAAUACAAGACACAUCAUCGUGUGUGUGUCCAGUUUCACAAACACAAAAGUAAUAAAAACAAGAAACAAAACCACCUGGUGACUGUGGCACAAUGCUGCUGUAACUUAGACUCAGUUUAUUUCAUCAUGAAAUAAUUUUACAGUGUUUUUUGAUGCUCAUGCACAGUCUGAUGCAGUCCAAGUAAAAAAAUAAAAUCCUGAAAAUCAGUCCUGUUAGUGUUUAUUUUUAUUAUGAAAGUGUUCAAGGUUGAAAGUUUGUUGGGACUUAGCUUGUUUGUUUGGUUGCACUUCUUGGUAUUAUACAUGGAAGAUAAUAUGGAAAAAAAUCUGAUAGAGAAAAGCACCAAUAUACGCCUGUGACUACAUUUCACUAUAUCUAAAAUCUGCACCCAUCACAGCCUUGUUCAUUAAUAAUAAUUAAUGUUGAUAUGCCAUCUUCAUUUCCCUCUUUUUUGCAGAUACGCAAGUCUGUACUUCUGCUGCGCAGUAGAGGACCAGGACAAUGAGUUGAUCACUCUGGAGAUCAUCCACAGAUAUGUGGAGCUGCUGGAUAAAUAUUUUGGCAGUGUGAGUCUCAAAAUUAUCAACAGCAAGAAGCUGGUUCAUAAUGUGGAGGGGGGGGGGGGGACUUAACGUUCACUGAUGUUGAACAGUGUCCUGAUCUGCUGCUGCUUUUUGUGUUGUGGCCUCACAGGUGUGUGAGCUGGAUAUAAUCUUCAACUUUGAGAAGGCUUACUUUAUCCUGGAUGAGUUCCUGCUGGGUGGAGAGGCCCAAGAGACGUCCAAGAAGAACGUGCUGAAGGCCAUCGAGCAGGCGGACCUGCUGCAAGAGGUAGGCCGUGUUUGUACAGAUGGAUAGCUAACUGAUGAACGACUGUCAGUCAGUUAACCUGAUAAGAAAUUGAGCAUUUGAGUUUUAGUAAAGGCAAACAAUGCUACCACCAAAUAUCCCCAAAACCUGAAAAUAUGAUUUGUUUUCUAUAACAUACAACAGACCAACUCCAAAUCAUUUCUGUUUUAAAAAGAUGGAACCAGCAUAUUUAUGACCUUCAUAUAAAGAAAGAAACAUUAAAUAGCCAACCUGCUGUUUAGUCACAAAGUAGUGGUAGCUGGUAUUGGUUCUUGCCAAUAUAGAAACCAAUUAUUAGUUGUUCAAAAGAUCUGAAACUUAUAUUGGAAACUGAUGAGUGUUUACAAGAAAAACCAAAUACUGUCAUUAAAAGUUUUGACUUUAAGAGUCAGAGUGAAAGUAGCAGGCUUUUUGUUUACAUAGUUUUUGGGGGAAUAAGGUUGAUACAAAUAAUCAGCCAAAGCAGGAAGAAUGUCAAGAAUCAGCUGUUUGGAGUGGGGGUUUUCUUGUUUGUUUCUAUUGUUUUUGUUAAUUGAAAAUCAUUGCAGGUGUAAAAUGUCGUCCUACUCAGGGUUUUUUUUGUUGAAGCACACAGAAGGGGAACUCUACAAUAAAAGAUGUGUCAGUGUUUUCUCACAUUAUCGCCCUCUGCAGCUGGUGAUUUUAUGCUUGUAGUGUUCGAGCACCACUUCUCUCCCCCUCAAAGCAGUGCGCCAGAGCACUGGGUGUCCUGCGUGUUUGCUCUGCUCUCUGGCCGUAUUCAUUUGCAGUCAACAGAAUCAGGGCUUUGUGGUUUAUUUUUAGUAAGGCAUGCAGUACUAUUGUCAUUACAGCCUGGCUGACUGCGCAGGCCUUUGAAAAGUUCAGCUGUCUGAAAGAGCCUCAUGAUUAAGGGUGUACAUACAGUCUGUGCUUAUUAAACAUUUUACAGCUUGUAUUUAUGAACCAUGUAAUUACUCAUAUAGUCAAAUUUUUGUGGGUUGGUUUCAAUCUUUAAUUUUUUGGGUUUGGUUUUUCUUCACCUGCAGGAGGCAGAGGCGCCACGGAGUGUCUUAGAAGAGAUUGGGCUCACAUAAACCAUUUCACGGCUGCUGCGUCGCAGACCUCUCUCCCAGAUGUUCAUUUGGAAAUGUCCAUGUCUUCAUCCUGUCUCCUCCUGAUUGUGUCAGUGUUGUAUGUAUAAAACCACCACCUGUGUACUGUAUUUCUCUGUACUGUACUAUCCUGUUACGUGCUUUAAAUGUGGUGCCAACUGUGGUUUUGAUGUGUUUCCUCUGCACAAGCUCCCUCACUGUAUCUCGCAGUAUUACCCGCAAACAUCUCUUUACACCUUCAAACUCCACAAGGAAAAAAAUGUAGCAAAGACAUGAAAACUCUAGCAUCAUAUUAAGAUCAUCCAUCAGUAUAAGUCAAGAGUUUUGUUGUGCCGCUGGGCGAAAAGACUUCCUGAGGUGCUGUUUCUGCUGUGGUUAGUACCUCCUAUAGAUUCCCAGCAUGUUGGAGUCAAUGUUAAGUAUUGGAUUUGAUGAAUCAUGAAGUGUUUGACCAUCUUUGAGAAAUCCAGGGGAUCUUUUUAUUUAUUUUUUUAAAUAAAAUAUUCGCCCGAUCUGUCAGUAUUUUCAGAAUCCUCAUGACAUAUUCCUAUUUAUCAAUCCAGACAUUGAUAAAAAGUAAUCUUCUUAAAUAUCACGAUGAUUUCCAGAAAGGCUUGUAGACAGAAAUGACCAACACAAACACAUUAAUAAAAGCAUUUUGGGCUAUCAUCAUGAAUAAAGUAUUAAUUAUGAAACAGGCAGGACUCAGACAGGGUGGUAGUUUAUCAGAGGCGCUGACUGUGGCAAUCAUUGACACUGUUACAAUCACUUGUAACGUGCAGAAUCAACCCACAAACUCACAGAAAUUAAAAGUACCCCUCAUCUGUAUCGGUGAUCUUGUUAUGUAUCUCUGUUCAAGUUUGUGUUUGGUGUUUCACCCUCAAGUUUCAUCCUUUUUUUCCCCUCUUUAAGACUAGUUGAACUGUUUUAAUGUAAUUAGUGUCACGUCUGGUAAAGUAGUCAUUUGUCUUAACCGUGUUGACUGAUUUUGUUUACAGAGAUCUUGAGCAUAUAUCUGAGGUUAGUCUCUCCCUUAGUCUUAGAUCAGGAUAGGACAGAGACCCAUAUAAAAGAAAACUCUACUUUAGGUAUUGUAAGAUUUUGGCUUACUCUUAAAGACUCACAUGACCAAAGAACACUGUGUUUUACCUUCUCAAUGGUGUCUAUUGAAGGCGAACAUAGAGGAAAAGGGAUUUAGAAGUGCAGGAUGUCUGACAAAUUGUAUGUGGGGUUAUUUGGCCACAGUUUACCAGUACUGUAAUUAAUGUAGUUAUCGUAAUCUUAUCAAAGUCCGGUCUUUUUUGAGUCUCUUUACAGAGAAGAAGAAAAAACUGCACAUAUCAGGGUUACCACCGUGAAUAUUCAUCACUGCUGGCUUGUUCUUUUGUGUAUAUGAAGCUGGAAAACAGGCCAAGUAUUGACUCCUCAUCCCAAACUGUAUGGCAGUCUUUUUUUGUUUUGUAUGCAUUAUUAAAUCCACAAAGUAUUUUUGUUGAAAAUCAGGAUCGAACAAGUUUAACUUUGAUUUGUAGAAAAGAGGAAAUCACUUUUUGUAUUCAACACUGCCAACACAUUUGCCAACUUUUUGUUAUAUUUGAAAGUUAACAAUAAAUGUAUUCAAAAGGAAAAAAAAACAGACUUGAUCUUUAUUUUAGUUACAAAACCAUCUGCAGCUUCCAGCGUCAAACUACUGAAACACUCACUUUUCAUACAGUUAAAUAUUUACAUAUGAACAUACUGGUGUCAUCAAUAUCAAUGUAAGCUAAACUAAUUUAUCACACUCAGGAGCUAAAACUACCCUCUUCACCUAAUCCACUUUGUGUUUCUGUGUCAGAUUCCUUACUUUUCACUUCAGCAUCUAACUUUUCCUCGCUGUCAACCACUGAACUUUGAUCCAGGUCUGUGUUUUUCUGAAUACGUUCAGUGUCUUUUAUCUCCUGACUUGGACUCGCUGCACCCGUCUCUUCGUUUGAGUCUUUUUCCUUCCCUGAUUCUUCAGAUGAGCUUGUUCCUUCAGGCGCGUGAUUCUUUCUCUUCUUGCUUUUCUUCUUGCUCUUCUUCUUGCUCUUCUUGGACUUUUUGUGGCGGCUGCGGUUCGUGAUCAGAUCAUCUUUGGUGGUUUCUUCAUUUUGAUCUGGUUUCUUGGGGCUUCUCUCUCUACUCUGCUUCUUUCUCUCCCUCUCUGUGCUCGAGCUUCUGGAUUUCUCUUUUGCUUGUCUCUGGGUGUCUGUAUCUCUGUCUUUACUGUCUCUCUCUUUACUUCUCUUCUUCGUGCGCUCUCUGUCUUUUUCUUUGCUCCUAUUCCUCUGCCUGUCUCUGUCUCUACUUCUACUCCUUGUUCUUUCUCUGCUCCUGCUCCGAUACCUAUUACUCCUCUCGCUGUGUCUAGACCUGGACGACCAUCUGUCCUCUCUGUGAUGGAGGGAGGCUCUCCUCUCUCUGCUCCUGCUCCUCCUCCUGUCGCUGUCUCGCCUGCUGUAGGAUCUCUCAGAUCGUGGUGGACUUCUGCUACCGUGACGCUGCCUCCAGGAUCGGUCUCCGUAGCGCUCUGACUGCCACCCGUCCCUUCGGCUGCCCUUCACACUGCGGUCUGGAGACAAAUGCAAGUCCCUAUCGGCCUGCCAGAAUUCAUUGCCGGGGUUUCUGAAUACAUGCAGGAAAUUACAGUGCUUUCCUUUUGGGCACUUCUGCCUGUCAAACAAUCCUGAGACAGGAAAAAGAGACACAAGGUUGUGAAUCUGAUAAUGUAAUACGGCUGCAUUUAACAGCAUCUUUUCUGUCAACAUUAGUAAGAUACUAACCACAAAUAGCGUUCUUCCAUCGCGUAACGGGGCAAACUUCACAGUGAAGCUGCCGCCCUGCGUACCACCGCCCGUUAAACUUGAUUAAAGCUUCUUUACAUUGCUCAUCUCUGGACAGACGAGAGAUGAGAGUUAAGGGAACAAGAACUGAAUAUGUUAAAUGUAAAAUCUUAAAAACUCCAGUAUCUCAAUUGUAGAACUUUUGCAGGAUACUUACGUAUCAAACUGGAUGUAUACGUUUCCCCUCAGGUGUGGUUCAUAGUUGCAGCUAACCUACAACAAAAAAAAAAACACCAACAAAACCAAGUAGCAUCUCAGUGGUAGUUAGAUUUCAGCAGUUUCAACCAGCACCAGAUUGAAAGAAGAAUGAAGCCAAGAGAGCUGGACACAAAACUGUCAUAGUCUCGUCUCACCUUGAACUGCAAAACCUUGCCGACGCUCUUUAACUCCGGCAGGACGUCAUGAUAGAACUCAACGAAAGACUCCUGCAGCUCCUCCUCACUGUGCUCCAACCAAGCAUCAGUGUCAUAAUCAUCGCGGCGAGACUCCUCCAUGCCGAAUGUCC